GGUAGAAAGUGUCAUAUGUUAUCACGUUACAGUCGACAAGCACCCAAACAAAGUAUCUAUUUCACAAAGUUCACAAUUUCAAUUACUAAUCUAAAGACUUCGAGAUACAUUUUGAAAACAAGAGUUAGAAAAUCAGCCUAUGACGUUUACGCUCCGGGAAUUCUGGCAGCAGCUCUGCAAGCUGCUUCCUUAAAUGAACCUGAAAAAUGCGGCUCAAGAAGGCCAUCAUACAAAAUUCCAAUUACGGAUAACAGUUUAGAAACAGAAGAAUUAUCAAGUCCAGAUCGUGUACAACAGUCAGCGUUAAUUGUAGACGAUGAACGCAGAAACAAGCGAAGAGGUUCACAAUUACCUGAUAUUUCAGCACUGCGAAACAAUCAGAAUUCGGCAAAUAUUCCAAUUUAUCAAUGCCCUGCUCUAGAGGAUUUGGAAGCACCCAGAAGACAGACUUCGUUAGAUGGUGAAGCGAUAAAAAUUGUUAUCCACGAUGUAGAUUCAGGACCUCUUUUCGCUUCAAAAAGAAGGGUUAUUCUACAAAAGGAUCCCGCAGAUAAAGCUCAUAGAACUCGUGGAUUUGGCAUGCGUGUUGUUGGAGGAAAAGCUGGUGCGGAUGGCAAACUUUUUGCUUAUAUUGCUUGGACCGUUCCUGGCGGGCCAGCUGAAAAAGGAGGACUACAACAAGGCGAUAAGAUAUUGGAAUGGUGUGGAGCUUCUCUAGUUGACCGAAGCUUUGAAGAAGUUUGUGCUAUCAUGGAUAGAACUGGAGAUGUGAUUGAAUUAUUGGUUGAACAUGCUACGGAUUUUAGAAUGUGUGACCUUCUCGAUGACGGUACUUCAGGAAACACAAAUAAUCAGAUGAAAUCGAACACGGAAAUGUCAAAUCUUGGAUUUUCUUCAGAGAACGAAACAAUUACCGACAAAUCUCCUUCAUCACCAACCAGGCGGAAACUACCAAAAACUCCGGUAAUUGCCGCAAGAAAUCUAAUUCCAAUUGGCAUCGAAACAACACCCGACACAUAUGUUAAAAGUUAUCUUAAAGAUGGAGAUCGGUUACGGCAUAAGAAAAAAACUAAAGUUGUCAAAUAUGCUAUAGAACCGCAAUACAAUCAGGUUUUGAAAUAUACGGCGGCUGAACUAUUUGGAAGAAAAAUUGUUAUAACUGUUUGGCAAAAAUCGGUUGGAUUCGACCACAAUCAAAGCAUAGGAGGUGCUGAGUUAUUCUUUAACACCUACAAAAUGAAAAGUUUGGUGCAGAGUUGGUACCCACUUUUUCCAUUUCAAGACGUUACAUCGAAUCUUAAUGAUUCCCCAUGAAAAGUAUAUAAACGUUAUGUUGAAUUGCGUUAUUAUAAAUGAAAUGAA